ACAGCUGACGCACCUCAGUUCUCUAGAGUCUGCUGGUCUGAGUGUUCUUGCCGUUGAACCACACUAACUAAACGCGUAUUUCUUUCUUUUGAUAUAAAAAUAACACAUCAUGCAAAAAGAACUGAGAAGAGACUCCUACCGUUUCACGAAACCUUUAGAUGAACGCCAGAAAGAAUCGGCUCUACUUCUAAAAGAAGAAGAAGAAUGCCUGCCACUCAUCCUUGAAAAAGCUCCUACUGAGAAAUAUCUGCCACCUCUGGACCGGAAGAAAUUUUUACUUGUGAGAUCCUCAACUUUGGGGCAACUUCAUUCUACAAUCAGGUAUCGGCUACAGCUGCAUCAAGAUCAAUCAUUCUUCCUCCUGGUGGAUGGUCAACACAUGCCCAAUCUAUCAUCCACAAUAGAACAAUUAUACCACGAGUUCAAAGAUGAGGACGGCUUCCUGUACCUGGAGUAUGCAUCUCAGGAGGUGUUCGGUUGAGCCUGCAAGACGCGUCUCAAGUGUUGCUGGUGGACGUGGGGUGGUCGGAGUGGGCAAUGAACCUGCAUUUGGAAUUAAGAUCUAAUUUAAACAAUGCUUUUUUUCAAGGGCUUCUUUGUUCAUUCUCAUAUCAUGUCCAGUUUUCGUCUAUUCACUCUAUUGUUUGCUGGUAGGUGGUUAGAGUUGGGCUCACUUGAUUGUGUCGACAGUAUCACUAAAUUAAUCUUUAUGUAUUCUGUGUUGCGUGUAAAAUAUACUAAUUUGUUGCGUAUGCUGAUGUUUAUAUAGACUCCAGAUUACAAUUCAAGACUGUGUGUUAAAUAUUGGUUACUUUAUUGUGGACUAUGCAGGGUUUGUGAAACAAUUUUUAUUGUAAGUUAUGUAAUUUAAUUGGAUUUUGAGAUAAUAUAAACCUAACACUUUGAUCCAAAAAUCGUCAAGGUUAAUGGAAUGUUUGUCAUUCAAAGUCAUCUAUGAUGCCUUUUUAAAGUUUUUUUUUACAACAGUAAUGGUAACUCAAACUAAAACAGCAUCCUGCUGUCUCCUAAAUACAUAGAAGUUGAGUAUUUUUCAUCAAAAAGUGAGUUCUGAGGUCAUUGAUGUGCUUAGUAAUGCUACAGCUUGUAAUUUGACCUUCAAAUGCCAGGUCGUUUGUAUGCUGGGCGUUUUUAAGUGUAAGUCGCUAUUUCCUGGAAGGUUCUUACCAAUUUUUCAUCUUCUUCCUUCAUUAUUAAUAAUCUUAUUGCUUUUACUUAUUCUUAUUACGGAGCCGCAAUCUUUUGCUCUAAGAUCUGUAUAGGAAUAUGUCGUAUACAACUUGAUCCUGGUAGUCUUGAAUGAAAUAAACUACAAAAAUAUGAAAUCCGCGAACAAUACGAAAUUAUAUUUUUGAAUGUAUAUGUAACGUUUCAAGUUCACUAACCCUUUAAGUGUCAUAAUGGUUUCUCUUCAUUAAAAUCUGCUCGUUGUUAUUGUACGAAACUUUAAAUUGGUUGAUGUGCUUGAUAUUGUACCUGAAAUUAAGAUUAACUUGUCACGCAUUCACGUUUGCAUGGCAUUAGAGUGCUUAUCUCAAGCUUCACCAAGCCGUCUAUAAUAAUGGAUCAAAUAGAUUAACUGUAUGUUCAUUAGUGUUUUGUAGAUAAGGUUUUUUAUACUCCUGUCACGUAACAUAUUUUAUUCGUUUCUUGAUGUUCACGGUCUUUGAUUCUAUUGUUUCAAGUCGUGUUUACCGCUAUACUUUGAUCUUUACAUUCUUGAAGUCGUUUUACCGCUAAAUAGUCUUGAUUGCGAAAUUUUAACGUUCAUAACUUUCGACGAGACAAUGACUUGUACAUGGAUGGCUGACUGCGUUUUCUAUAUUUUUCUUCUGUCAAAUUAAAACGCCAAGUAAGUGUUUUGAUGACUGACUUCAAAAGAUUGUUUGGCCUGUGACAUUGAGGAAACGAAUUGAUUUAAAGCCUAAUGAAUGAGUAAAUGUAUGAUAUGAUUGUUGUGUUAUUCGGGACCAGUCGAUUGCUUACAUCCCGAACCGAGGUUUACCACUAUCAUCCCCAUAUAUUCCACUAACAUAUUCAUAAAAGUUAAACAAUGGCAAACUUUCCUAGCUCGCUUCUUAAAUAUCUAUGCACUGAUAAUAAAAGUAUUCUUAACUGGUUAUGAAAAAAAUAAUUUCAUCUUCAAAAAUGACUCUUUACGCAAUUUUUUAAUGGUUUUGCAUUCGUAUCACAUUAUUAGUGAUGUGCCUUUGCUUUCAUCUCAGUUCUUCAAGCCACCCUUCAAUGAUGCUAUCUCUCGUCUUAAUUGUUAUUAUAUAAAAUCCUAUCUCUGAUGUACAAUCCAGAUGAAAUAAUAGUGGUUUUAGACGACACCUAAAUUUCGCAAUGUAUAAUAUUUAUUAUUGACGCGAUGCAACAAAGAGGUAGUGCACAAAUUUCGCCUUCACGCAUUGACUUGAGUUGCAUUCAGCAUUAAUUAACAAGGGGAAAUGCGAGGUACAGUCCUACUGCUUGACUAGAUACCAUCUCGUCUGCUCUUAGCUCUUCGCUUCAGAUGCCUGUUGAAGGUGAUGUUUGCUAACAACAGGUAGUAAUCAUUUCAAUACGCAAUUUCAUGUACAAAAAAGUAAGCAUACAAAUUUAAGGUUGGCAUAUGAAGCUACAAAAGGUAAUUACUUUUUUGUGUACUUGCAUAUCUAUUGUGGAACUUGAGUAACAAACUGUGAAUUUUCGAACUACUCUUUGUUGGUAAAAAAUAAUGUAUGGAAGAUAUUGUUCGUGUUAUAGAAUGCUAAGUUAUGGUUCUCUAGGUAACAUAUUUUGAUGCAGAAGCAACAUCAUGAUCAAUCAUUCAUAGCCCAGCAUUUAAAUUAGUUGUAAGCGUACGUAUAUUCGCCAUUUAAGAUGACUGAAUUGCGACGUAGAGAAAAAUUGACAAAAAACACUGCACUUGUC